AUGGCUGGAUGGUGGCGGGCGCUGCCGCGCGCGGCCCAGCGCUACCCGUGGCCCACCAACGUCCUGCUCUACGCCGGGCUCUUCUCGGCCGGCGACGCGCUCCAGCAGCGGCUGCGGGGCGGCCCGGCAGACUGGCGCCAGACGCGGCGCGUGGCCACCCUGGCAGUGACCUUCCACGCCAACUUCAACUACGUGUGGCUGCGCCUGCUGGAGCGCGCGCUACCCGGCCGCGCGCCGCGCGUGGUCCUGACCAAGGUGCUGUGCGACCAGCUGUUCGGAGGGCCCAUCGCCCUCUCGGCCUUCUACGUCGGUAUGAGCAUUCUUCAGGAAAAGGAUGACGUACUUUUGGACCUGAAACAGAAAUUUUGGAAUACGUAUAAGCAUUGUAAUCAGGUUUUUCCUUAUUCCAGACAGGUCUGA